GUUAAACGGGUAUGAAUAGUUUAAAGAGUAUACUUUAAAAGAUAGCGUGGAUGUUUGAUAUCUGCCUAUGGGCUAUGGUUGAGACUUAGACUAUAGAUAUAGUACUAAACUAGUGACUAAAUUAAUACUGUAACUCAUAAAAUAAGUUUGAAUAAUUAAAAAUGACGUCAGUGUCUACACCAUCGUCUUUAAUGUCAGAAGCGUUAGAUAUAAAAUCCGAAGAUUCGGAUCAGGAGCCAGCACCAGCACAUAAACACGUGAUCAAGCGUCCAGAAGCACCGAAGCAAGAAGAGGUUGAUUUUAUUAAAAGAACAUGUGACCCGUGCAAGUUUGAAAAUAAGGACAGUAAAGCACACGGCUUCUGUCGCAUGUGUAGGGAGUACCUGUGCGAAAAAUGCGAAAAGUUUCACCGGAAGUUUCAAGCAACAAGAAGUCAUAAGAUUGUCCAUGGAGUGCAAAUGCCGAGACCCGUGAAGAAAUCGAUGACUGUCUGUGAGCAUCAUAAGAAUAACCCUGUGGAAUACUUUUGCAAAGACCAUGGUGACGUCAUAUGUCUUGAUUGUAAAGAGAUUAAACACAAAAUCUGCGAUAGUGUUGUCUCAUUAAAAUUCUUCGGAAGCACUGAAAUUGAAAAGGGAGAAUUUGAAAAGAUGAAGAAAGAAACAAAAACAAUUGUUGAAGAUUUCAAGAACAUCCUCGUUUUGAGAAAACAAGACAUUAACGAUUUGGAGGAAGAGAAAAGCAAAUGCAUAGGUACAAUAAAAGAGAUAAGAAAUGAUUUCAACAGCCUACUUGACAAACUGGAACGAGAAUUGUAUGAUGAGGUGGAUACUAUCUUUGAAAAAGAGAACAAAAUUAUGAAAGACCAUGUUGAAAUAUGCGAAAAGGCGAUGAAGAUGCUAAACAUUGUUAUCGAAAAUGUAACAGAAGUAAGAAAGACAGAGGAUAAUAUUGCUAGUUUCGCAACGUACACGAAAGCGAAAAGGAAAUUAACAGACUACGAGAAGGUUUUGAAACAUGUAAAAAGAGAAGCCUAUAUCCCAGAGAUUGAGAUCAUUCGUGACGCACAAGUGGUGGAAAGUCUGGAUAAACUUGAAACAUUAGGAGAUACAAAAUUGAAGAUUAUUCCGAAAGCUUUUCAUAUAGAUUUAAGUGACUUGAAGAAAGAAAAUAUGAGAGUCGUUGAAACACUUGUUCAUUCCGUUCGUAUGCCGGACGACGAUGAUAAACACGAUUGCGAAAUAACUGGAUCUGCUUUUCUUGAUAAUGGAAGUCUUGCCAUUUGCGAUAAGCACAACUACAAAGUAAAGUUGCUGGACCGUCACUUUAAAUGCAAAUUCGAUAUCAAACUCAAUGCAGCUCCUUGGGAUAUUGCAGUAGUGAAUGAUAAAUGGGUGGUCGCUACACUUCCUUUUGUAAAGAAGCUCCAGUUUCUAAACGCAAAUAUACUUGAGGGUAUAACUAAAGGCAGAACGAUUGAAACAGACCGGAUGUGCUGGGGUGUUGCAGUAUCAAAAGAGGAUAUUCUGAUCUCUUGUCACGAUAACCCUGGAAACGGUAAAGUGUACGUGCUUGAUAAACGUGGGCACACCAAGAAGAUUAUUGGAGCUGCCUCGGAGGACUACUCAUUCUUGCUUGAAAUGCCCUCUUAUCUAGCGGUGAGUUUCGAUGGCGAAAAAGUAUUUGUUGCCGAUGGUGACGUCAAAACCACGGUUACUUGUAUGUCGAGGAAGAAUGGACAAAUCAUUUACGAUUACUGUGCUUCGAAUUUCGGUUACUCUAUGCAAACUAAUGAUGCCGUUUAUCAAAAUCCAUGGUCCUUCAAGAUAAUUGUGGAUAAAGACAACUACGUGUUUGCUAAUCUGGGGGAUAAAGAAAUGAUACAGAUCAUAACAGACACCGGAGUUCAGCACAACACACUGUUGAGGAACACAGAAAAACUUUUCGGUCCUCACACAAUGUCAUAUCGGGAUUCAGAUGCUACUCUGAUCCUUGGUCUUUGGGAUCAAAUCCAAUCAUUUAGGUUUAAAGAAAUCGAGAUUAAAACAUGACGUAUGUAUGGAUAAUAUUGCACCCUCCCAGAUAAAUAGAAACUAUUACAAAUUUAGAUCUUUUUUCAUAUGUACAUAAUUUGCAGCGACAGAUUAUGUCGUUUUUUAUCCACAGUGUGUAUAAUAUGUACUUUUGUUCUGACAGAAAUAAAGUGGCAAAUGUUU